ACCGCCCAUGAGAACCCAACAUAAAUCGUGCGUUUUCUUAAAAAUUAUUUAAUAAAAAAGUAUUUUCUCCUCAAAAGCAUCAAAAUGAAUUGGGCUGCCACUGGUUUGGGAACAAUUUUGCGGACACUAUGGCAGCCACAGGUUUCCACCGUUCGCUUCCGUUACCACGCCGAUAAAGUGGCCCGUGGACGAUUGGUUCGCCGGUACGGUUACAAGGAAAAAAUUCUCAAGGGUGGAUUACUGCCACAUUUGGACAACGGACAAAAGCUGCCGAUGCCUGAUUAUAGGCCCAAGAAUGCGUGGUGUGAAAAGCGAGCUCUUUUCGGGCAGAACGACUACAUCGACAUCCUUGGCGAUGGAAAACUGCACCCAACUCGGGUGCUAUAUUCAGUGCCGUCCUGGUUGCGCGGGGUUUCCGGCAACGAAUACCAGGUGCUGCUGCGGAAGCGAAAGCUGCUUAGCCAUACCAUAUAUCCGGUGGCUAGACCCACUAAAUGGAGGGACAUGGAAAAGCGCAUUUCAUACCUUUACCGGUUCCUGAAUAGGAAAACGAAAACCGGACCAUCCAAUGUGUGAACUGUAAAUGGUUGAAUAUAUAUGUAGUUUCUAGUUAACAAA